AUGAUGCUAAACAAAGAGGUCCAAAAUGUCACAACAACAACCAGCCCACCAAUCAUUUCUCCACCAAAAGAAACUCUUCUCCUGGUUUGGAACUGGCCAUGGGGGCAGAGCUUUCCAUUAGAUAAGUGUGAGACAGAGUAUAGAAUUAAGAGGUGUAAGCUAUCUGCAGAUAGAGGUUUGUAUAGUGCGGCCGAUGCAGUCAUCAUCCACCAUGCAGAUGUUAUGGGCAAUAGAAAUUCAUUGCCUCAACAGCCAAGAAAUCCUUAUCAACGUUGGAUAUGGCUCAACUUGGAGCCACCACUAAUUAUCUCAAACCUGGACAUGCUGGAUAAUUUGUUCAACUUGACAAUGACGUUCCGUCGCGAUUCCGAUAUUUAUAAUCCAUACGCCCAUAUUGAAUCAUUAGAGGAACCUCAAAACUUCACUAUUCCAGCAAAGUCUAAGUUGGUAUCUUGGGUGGUGAGCAAAUGGUACCCCGGUAUACGUCGUAUCGCUUAUUAUGAAGAGCUGAAAAAGUACAUAUCUGUUGAUAUUUAUGGGGCCAGACAUAUGAAACUGAGCACAGAGAAGUUUUAUUCAACGAUUUCUCAGUACAAAUUCUACUUGGCAUUCGAGAAUUCUGUCUAUCCAGAUUAUAUCACAGAAAAACUAUGGGGGAACGCUCUGGGUUCAUGGACAGUUCCAGUUGUACUGGGUACCUCUCGUGAAAACUAUGAACAGUAUAUACCUGGAGAUGCCUUCAUACAUGUUGAUGACUUUCCAACUGCAAAGGAACUAGCUGCCUACCUUCUUGAAUUAGAAAAAGAUGAUGAAAAAUAUAGAAAGUAUUUCAACUGGAGAUCCCGACAUAGGGUGAGCCCUUGGAAGGGAUGGUCAUAUUCUUACUGUAAAGCUUGUGAGACAAUACAACAGGGUCCAAGAUAUCAGGUCAUUCGUAGUGUGGCAAAGUGGUUUCUGUAA